AUGGCCAAGAAGCAAGAAAUAAGCAGCAAGGAGCCACAUCUGGGCAGUGACCUGUCACCCCCUCCCCCAGUGGCAGCCUUGGAGCUCAGGUCGGUUGACCUGCAGAGCUCCAGAAACAACCAGGAGCAUCACACGCAGGAGAUGGGCCUGCAGAGGCUCAUCGUGCGCCGCAGCCAGUCCUUCACAAUCCAGCUGCAUUUCAGCCGACCCUUCCAUUCUGGGACCGACCACAUCACCUUCAUCGCUGAGACAGGACCAGAGCCCACAGAGCUGCUGGGAACCCGAGCCACCUUCUUGCUCACCUCGGCCCGACAAGGAAAUGUCUGGAGUGCUUCUGACUUCACCAUCGACGCCAACUCGCUCUCUGUCUCCCUUUUCACACCGGCCAGUGCAGUCAUUGGUCCUUACACUUUGAAGAUCAAGAUCUCUCAGGGCCAGGGUCACAGCCUGACCCACCUGCUGGGGACUUUCAUCCUGCUUUUUAACCCUUGGAGUGCAGAGGAUGACGUCUACCUGCCAAGUGAACUACUGCUGCAGGAGUAUAUCAUGAUGGACUAUGGCUUUGUUUACAAGGGUCAUGAAAGAUUCAUCACCCCCUGGCCCUGGAACUACGGGCAGUUUGAAGAGGGCAUCAUAGAUAUCUGCUUUGAGAUCCUGAACAAGAGCCUGUCCUUCUUAGAGAACCCGUCCAAAGCCUGCUCCCAGCGGAACGACGUGGUGUACGUCUGCAGGGUGGUGAGCGCCAUGGUAAGGCCAGACGCCGCCCGGCCCUGCCUGAGGACGGUCCGAGCCCCGCGCCCCGCCCCGGGCCCGCGCCACCCACCUGUCUGUCCUCCGCAGAUCAACAGCAACGACGACAGCGGCGUGCUGCAGGGGAACUGGGGAGAGGACUACUCCAGGGGGCUGAGCCCGCUCGAGUGGAGCGGCAGCGUGGCCAUCCUGCGGCAGUGGUCGGCCGGGGGCGGGCAGCCCGUCAGGUACGGGCAGUGCUGGGUCUUCGCAGCUGUCAUGUGCACCGUAAUGAGGUGCUUAGGUGUUCCAACCCGUGUCGUUUCCAAUUUCCGUUCUGCACACAACGCAGAUGCGAACUUGACCAUCGAUACCUACUACGACCAAACUGCAGUGAUGCUGCCAACUCAGAAACGAGACAAAAUAUGGAAUUUUCAUGUCUGGAACGAGUGCUGGAUGAUCCGGAAAGAUCUCCCUCCAGGAUACAAUGGGUGGCAGGUUUUGGACCCCACUCCCCAAGAAACCAGCAGUGGGCUGUUCCGCUGUGGCCCUGCCUCCGUGAAGGCCAUCAGGGAAGGGGAGGUCCACCUGCCCUACGACACCCCUUUUGUGUAUGCUGAGGUGAAUGCCGAUGAAGUCAUUUGGCUGUUCGGGGGUGGCCAGGCCCUGGAAAUCCUGGCCCAUAACAUCAGUUCCAUCGGGAAGGAAAUCAGCACCAAGAUGGUCGGGUCAGACCAGCGCCAGAACAUCACCAGCUCCUACAAGUACCCAGAAGGAUCCCUGGAGGAGCGCUCUGUGUUCAUGAAGGCCUCCCGGAAGAUGCUGGGCUCAAGAAGGGCCUCGUCACCCUUCCUGGACCUGCUGGGGUCCGGCGGUUCUAAGGAUCAGCCGGCACAGCUGCAGCUUCACCUGGCCCAGACGCCCGAGUGGGGCCAGGACCUGCUGCUGGAGCUGCAUGCCCGGAGGGUGGCAGACAGAGCCCACCCCCAGGGGCCCAUCAGACUGGUGGUGCGCUUCUGCGCACAGACCUUGCUGCACAGUGGCGGCACCCGGGGGCCCCUCUGGAGGCAAAAGGUGCACUUGACCCUGGACUUUGGGGAGGAGAUACAGCAAUCCCUCUCGCUGCCCUACAACAAUUAUAAAAACAAGCUAACGGAUGAAAAGCUGAUCCGUGUGUCUGGCAUCGCCAAGGUAGCAGAGACAGGGAGGUCCAUGCUGGUCCUAAAGGAUAUCUCUCUGGAGCCUCCCCACUUAGCAAUUGAGGUGUCUGAGAGGGCCGAGGUGGGCAAGGCACUGAGAGUCCACAUCUCGCUCACCAAUACCCUCUCGGUGGCCCUGAGUCACUGCACGAUGGUGCUGGAGGGCAGUGGUCUCAUCGAUGGGCAGAUAUCAAAUGACCUUGGGACUCUGGUGGCCGGACACACUGUCCAAAUUCAGCUGGACCUCUACCCCCUCAAAGCUGGACGCCGCCAGUUGCAAGUCCUCAUCAGCAGCAAAGAGCUCAAGGAGAUCAAGGGCUACAAGGACAUCUUUGUUGUGGCAGCCGGGGCUUCUUGAGCCUCGCCCCCACCCCCUCAGGCCGUCAAGUCGCCCAGCUCCUCUCCUGCCCCCAUCCUGAUGCCCUUGCAGACCCCUACCCCCACCCCACCGCCCCCGGGCCCACCUUGCUCCUUCUCCGUCCUCUUCCCAGCCUGCCUGGGGGUGAAUAAGACUCUGUUAGAACCACUGUUUGUCUUGGGAGAAGGCAAUAAACAUGCUUGAUCUAGCGCUGGUGUUCCAUCUUCUGUCCUAACAAGCUACCUAUUGCUACUGGCUUGUCCUCUUGACCUGGCUGCCACUGUGUGGCUGGGCCCUCCUCGCCCUUCCU